UCCUCGUCUUCCGUUCGAUGAGGAUGACGUGGCGUCUGCUGACCUGAAAAGAAAGGAAGCAAAAGAGACUGACAACACUUCACAAUAUUCGUGUGUGGUGUGAUUUUCAUGAAUUUGAAACACUACUCACACAAAAGCUGACAGCGUUAACGUCCGUGUUUCACAAUGAGGCGCGCCGGCUUGGGUGAUGGAGCAUCUGGAAACUAUGUGGCAAGUGGAUACAGUGUGUACGAAGAGGAAAAUGAACAUCUACAGGAAGGACUGCGAGCCAAAGUCAGCGCUUUGAAAAGUCUGUCUAUCGACAUUGGAACGGAAGUGAAGUACCAGAAUAAAAUGCUGGACGACAUGGACACGGACUUUGACUCAACGGGCGGCCUGCUGGGCGCCACCAUCGGCAGAGUCAAACAGCUGUCCAGAGGCAGUCAGGCCAAACUGCUGUGCUACAUGCUGCUCUUCUGCCUUUUUGUCUUCUUUGUACUCUACUGGUUCAUUAAAUUGAGGUGACAGCUGGAUCUUGACGGACUUUGAACACACCCGCACCUCGAUAACUCAAGUUCAUUAAAAAAAAAAAGUGGUCAGAUAAUUCAUGAAGCCAAAUAGUUGUAUUAUCCUGUGUAUUUUACACCCUCAAUACGCGGCUGUUGUGAGAUUAGAUACAUGUUGAUUUCUAUAGCGCUUUCACAACACCUGCAGCUGUAACAAAGCGCUUGGAUGUGCGUGUGUAGAGGCUGAUGAGAUGAGAUUCAGCAUUGUGACAUAGAAGACAGAUUGCGCAAUGCCAUAGUUGACACAUGGAGAAACGAGUGCCCUGUGUAUGCUCUUAUCUGUUUAUUGUGCUUCACAUUGAGCGCACCUAAGUUACACAAUGCUCUCCGAGAGAUAUUUAGAUUAUCUGUUCACAGCAAUUAAUGCGUAUAUAUGUGGGUGUACAAUAUCUGGGGCACAUUGGGGGUCGGGGGCAGAAAUGUUAGAUGUGCAAUGUAAAUAUUUUAUGAUCUUUUUAACCAAUAAACAUUUAUCAGGUAUGUCCUUAAA